AUGAUACGACUUCCGUCGUCUCCUUGUUCUUCUCUGUCUCCCUCCUCCUGCGGUCUUCCCGCUCCUCCCUCGCCUUCUGCGGUUCGGGGCCGAUCCCUGCAUCUGUGGCGAGUGCCGGAGCAGCUCUGGUCGUGCGGAGAUUCAAGAAGGCCGCAAGGCCCCCGAGCCCUCGACGACAGCCUAGACGCGUGCGUGGCUGCUUCGGACGGUCGCCAGAGUCUUUUGGAGCGACGGCGUCUGGAAAAAGGGGGAGAACCCGACGACCCCUCUGUACUCCACGCUACUGACUCCUGGGCCGGCGCCUGUCCUCGUCCACCGUCAGCUCGCUCUCCGAAGGCCGCCCAACCUUCCUUCGCCGCUAACUGGGAGAGUGCGGGAAGCCGAGACGCAGGUCGUGGAAGGUGCGGGCGGGAAUCGCGAGGGGAAGGCAAAGCAGAGAGAGAAAGGAAACGAGGAGGUAACGCCGAGCAGCGCAGCGAUGGCCUGGUAGGGCCCCACGAUGGCGAAAAGGUUUCCGAACCUGAGGCGAAAGGGACCACACCGUACUCUUUGGAGGCUGAGAACGCUGUCCCUUGUUCUCCCUCGCGAUCCGCAGCCCACAGCCUUUUCGCGUGCUCCGCCAGGUCUCUUCCCGACACUGGCGCGAAGCCUGCGUGGGCGGGGAGGACGCAGCUCUCCGGUGGCGACACGCGCCUGUCUCCCCGCCAGCAGGGAUCGGAACCUCGCCCGUCCUCGACGUCUUCGUGUUCAAACUACCCUCCUCUCGAGUCUGCAUCGAGUGGCCUAGCCGCUGUCCACGCACGCCACGGCGGGAUCGUGUCUCCGUCGAAACGCGGCUUCUCGUCCGGUGUGCCUUCCUCUGGCUAUCUUGCCUCUUCCCCGAGCAUCGACGCUCUCGAGCCUCACCUUCCCGCGACUUGUCUCGCUUCUCACCCUUCCUUCUGUCAUUACCCGAGGCCAGCUUCCGGCCGCGCUCAGGAAGACCAGACGCCUCAGCAGGAUCCUUCUCCCUACGGCUCCUAUGUGGACCUUCCGUCUCCUCUCUCGUUCUCGUCGGCGCCGAUCCACCUCCUUCCCUCGGCCUCCAGUAGCCUCCCACCUCGCCACCUGUAUCCGUCUGCUUCCCCGUAUUCCCCCGCUCUCUUGCCCCUUUGUCAACCUUCCUUCUCGUCCCCCUUCCUCCAUUCUCUCGCUUCGGGCGACUCGCCCGACCAAGCGACUUCCCCAGAGGGAGACGGCGCGAUGCCCGCCGAAUCCCUCCCCGGCCCGUCGACCGCCCUUGCCUGCCUGUCUCCAGGUUUCGCUGCUCGAAGGGCCGGGGCCUUGCCACCUUCUUCGCCGACAGACUCGCCGCCUUCCCACCCCGCCAGUGCCUUCCAGCCUCCUGCGCCGUCGCCGCCCAGUGAAACCUGCGAGACUGCAAGCUACUCCGGGAGUGGGUCGGCGACUUUCGCCUCGUCCUCAUUGUCUCCGCUUCUUUCUGGCCCUUCGUCCGGCUCCGCACCUGUCUCUGCGAAGUGUCCGCUUCCCUUUGCUUCCUCACCCUUUGUCCCGCCCGCCUCUUCGCACCCUCCGCAGGCCGAAAGCGCGCAUGCAGACGCCAAACCGGGGGCUCCUCUCAAUCCGUCCUCCAACGCGUUUCCUCUCCACCUUCCGGCCCUCGCAGCCCCAGCUAGCCAAGCGCCUCACGCCCGACCGCCGCUGUCUCCGCCCUGCGCCCCUCCUUUCUCGCGUCUCGACCGGCCGUCUCCGGCGACGCCCGGUGCGACCGAGGCGCCGUCGCUCUCUCUGGACCCUCCCGUGUUUCUCGAGGGUGACGCUGGUAGCCGAAGCCUGGCCGCAGCGGGGCGCGACCCUCCCGGAGCAGCCGGAGAGUCCACGCACGCCGCGGACGAAGGCGGCGCAGGAAGUGUCCUCCCUGGCUACUACCCGACUUUGGUGGUGCAAGGCGGCGAGCCUCUGGCGAGCGCCCCUGGCCUGUUUCUCGACCAGGAGGGGGCCGACGGCCGGUUGAUGUUGGAGCAACUUGAUCUCCUGAGAAGUGGAGCCUCGAAAGACCUGUACAAGCGCGAACGGACCCGCGUUGUCGACGAGCUCAUUCGCCAAGCCGUCACCUAUCCGAAAGUCUCUGGGAUCUACUUCGACAAACACCAGCAUGGAAGGCGAGUGGCCAAGUAUUUUCCAGUCAAAAUAUUUGGCCUUGCCGAAGGGUAUCGGCUGGCAGUUCACUUCAAACAUGCGAUGCGGGCCGCAGCAGUGGCUGGUGCUGCAUGCGUCCCUCCCACAGGUCCGCCUCCUUCGCCCCUUCCUCUCUCUGUUUCGUCCUUUCCUUCGCUUCCCUCCUCGGGCACGCUCCCGUCGCUGGCUACCCUGUGUCCGCUGUCUCCACAGCCUACCGCCUUCCCAGGCAACGUUGAAGCCCAACGAGCGGUGUCUCCGCUGCUGUCCCUCUCGGGGGCUCCGCCACCCCGCCACCCCACAGUGGCAGUCUCUGCAGCACAGUCUGAGUUUCCACGCUUCCUCGACAACUUGCAGAGUCCCCUAGGCAUUGUGCGGUCGUCAGGCGACUCGACGCAGGCUGCACUCGCCGGCUCAGCGGAGGUCGGAACCGCCGGCGAGAAGAGCAGCGGCGCGAGCGCUUCCGACUGCGGCCACUCGACUGCCUCUUCGCAUGCAGAAGGGCCCUUUCGACUCCCAAGUGAAGCUGCAUCGCUUCCGUCUCCUCCUGGUCCCCACGGCGAACCCCAGACGCUCGUCUCCCUACCCCCAGUCGCAGCAGGGGUCAUGCGUUACGGCUUCGCCUUCCCUCCCUUCCAGUCCUUCUCGCCUGGACUUUCCCCGCAGUUUCCUCUCCACUCGGUGCCUGCUUCUCCCGCCCUUCCCCCCUCGCCUUCUGCUCGCCCGCCCAAAGUCGACGCCCCAUCUUCCGCGCAGCUUGAAGGCGAAACCUGUGCGGCAGGGCCGGUGCCGCCAGCCAGCGGAUCGCAGGCCGGCAAGGCUCCCCACAGCGCAGUCCCGGAGGCGGAGCGCUCUGGAGAGGCUGGCGCGCAUGCAGCUUGCCGGAAGGCGCUGUUUGCAGAGACGAUCCUGGGCGCGAAGCGGGGGAGACACGAGGGACGAUCGCCUGGGGACGGCGUGCCUUAUCUAGAGGCGCGCCUCGAGCGAGGUGCGUGCGCCGGCACGAGGAAAGCUGAAGAAGGACGACGCUCGGCAGCGUCGUGUGUGGCUGAAAGGAGCGAUAAGGCCGAAGACGGCGGUAGCGGCGGAGAGACAGGAGACGCAACUCGCCACCAGACAGAAGGCGUCUCGUCGUUCUAUGCCCAGGCUCCUGCGGGGGAGGCGCCGGAGUGGCGAAGUCUCCAGGGGAUGCAGAGCGAGCGGGAGGGCCCGGGAGAUGGCCCUUCGACGCACACGGGCGCAGACGCAAAACGCGAAAAAGGAGACACACCGCGUCACCUGUCUCCGUCUACUGAGGGCUUUGAGCCUCCGAAAUCUCGAUUCCCGUUCAUGAAAACCCAGCAGCCAGACGACGGAGACUGCGGGGCCAGCCGAGACAGAAGGGAGCGCGAGGCCCUCUCAAAGGAGACAGCCGCAAGGGCCAGAGACGAAUGGGCCACGCGCCGUCUUGCCACGGGGAGGCGAAAGAGAGAAAAGGAGGCAGAGAUCCGCGAAAACCGAGGUGACGCUUCGCCGUGUGCAGAAAAAGAAGAAAGGGACGCUUCGGCGCGAGACACACAGGCAUCGUCUCUGGCGCACUCCGUGAGUCGUCCUACCCUUGAUGCUUCUCAGUGGAUCGGUGGACGCGGCGUCGACGGCGAAGAGCUUGUAGAAGCUGGCGGGGAAGGGAGGAGUGAAAAGCCUGCACAAAUGUGGGAAGGCGCCUCCGGGCCUCAGCCGUUUUCCCGAAAUACCUUGCCGUCCUCUUCAGCUCCUCCUUCUCUCCGACAAGGCGAAAAAGGCUGCCGGGCCGUGUCUCGUGCGCCUCGCUGUCCUGGCGAGGGACGAACGAAAAGACAAGGUGGAAGCGAGACGGAAACGGCGGCAGAACACGAUCCCACGACUCCUUCUUCGCCUCAAACAGCCGGCGUGUCUUGCACUCUCCGGGGCAGAAGGCCGAAGCGUCUGCGGGCGUCCUCUCCCAGUUGCCGCCUCGGCGCGGGAGAGGCUGGAGCGCAGAACUCCGUCGAGGGCGGAGACCGACGUGAAGGCAAGGAAAGAGACGGCGACUGUACACCGGCGGGAAAGACGGGAGAGGACGACAAACGCGCACCAGAGUUGCGACAGGGAGGAGAGGUGAGAGCGUCAAGCGAAUGUCCUUCUCUCCAUCUGUCCUACGCUUGUUCUGCUCCCGAUACGUUGUCGUCUGGAGGCUCGUCGACGUCCUCUGCCUCUCCGUGCCCUGGCGAAGGCAGCCUCCUCCAGGUCGGCGCGUCUCCCGCCUUCCGGAGGCGAGAAGCAUCACUGCUUCAGUCGGUGCAUGCGUCGCCUGCAGCUAGUUCGUUGUCUGGGCGUCCUGCACGCCCGGCUUCUUCGCGUCAGUCAGAGACGGAAGUCUGCAGCAUCUCAGCUUCUCAGGAGGGCGCGGGCCUCGCGGCCUCUCCUGGUGUCCCGGUGAACGGCGAGAAACCGGUUUCCCAGAUGGAGGUGAGGGGAUAUUUCGCUUCGCCUUUCUUAGCAGUGCAGGAGCGAAGCUCAGCAUCUGCCUUGCUGGGAGCCUCUCGAGAGCCCCCCGUCUCGACCUUGCCUUCUUUCUCCCAACCUCUGCCGGGAAAGGGCGACUGUUUCCUCCCUCCACCUUUCUCCAGGUGUUCUCGCUUGCCUGCCGCUUCCUGUGCUCCCAACCCAGUGGCUCCUGUCCCCGCGUCCUCUGCGUCUCCUGGUGCUAACCCUUCUGCUCAAGGCUCGCCUGGUGCAACGACUUCGCCUGUCGUCUGUCCUUCGCCUGGCCACCCGCUGGACGGCCUCUCUCCGUCAUCUUCCGGCUGUCGAGGAGCCGCACCAACACAGGCCGUUCCCCCCAACUCUCAGUUCGCGUGCCCGACUGGAUCUGGAAACGAAGAUCGGCCAUAUCCUGGAUCGAGUUCCCCUGCUUCUUCCUCGUUUUCCGCCUCAGCUUCGUCUCCGCCGCGGUCUACAUCUCUCUUUCCUCCACCGUCUCUCUCGGAUGCGCCUUCUCUCCCCACUUCUCUCCCUUCUUCUCCCAUCCCUUCUUCUUCUCUUCCUUCCUCUCUUCCUUCCUCUCUUCCUUCCUCUCUUCCUUCUUCUCUUCCGUCUUUUCUUCCUUCGUCUCAGUGUCCUGCGCCGCUGUCUGCUCCGGGGCUCUCUUCUGCUUCGCUGUCUUCGUCUUUUGUGCCUUUUCCUGCGCUCUCGUCUUCGCCCCGCCUGUUCGUCCCUGCGGAUCUCUCAGCCGCGCCCUUCGCCUCCGCCGAGAGUCCCGCCGUGGCCGGUAAGGGGGCUGCAGCUGUCGGCGGGCCGAGUGCGGGUCAGCCGCUGUCGAGUGUCGUGCCGCACACGACGGGCAUCCACUUCGAUAAACACUCUCUGCGGUGGAAGGCCACCUGGUACGAUACGACAGGACAACGAAAGGCAAAGUACUUCCCAGUCGGGAAAUACGGCUACGACCAGGCUCGCCGACUGGCCAUCCAGGCGCGACAGGCUAACCACGUGCCGCGCAGCAGUCGCUUUGCGGCGGCGCAUGCACAGCAACAGGCGCAACUUCAGCAACAGCUUUUGUCUCAGGCGUUGAUGUCCCCUUCGCCGGGGCUGUACCCGUCUUCCUUGUCUUCCUUCUCUCUCUUCCCCUUUCCUGGAGGUGCUCCUGGAACGCGGCAGGCUUUGGCUCCCCAGGCGUUUCCGGCUUCUCCCGCCCACUCUUCGCCUGCAGCCUGCGCGCUGCCUUGUCGUCCCUCAGCUUCUCCCCCGUUCCCUCAGGCGUCUUCUGCCUGUCCAGUGACGCCCUACGGUCCGUAUCCGUCUUCGUAUUCUUACUGUCCUUCUCCAUCCUUCCCUCCUCCAACCUGCGCUCCCGCUCUCUCCGCUGUCUCUGGUGCGCCUUUCCCUCCGCCGCCAAAGGGGGCUGCGAGCGACGCAGGCUCUGACGCCUGUCGAGUUCCUCCGGCAUCCGAAGGCAGCGAGAGACACGCGACGAGCCAGCGUACGGAGACCGACGCGGAGGGCGAGAAGCGAGACGGCGAGGAAGCUACGAGGGACGAAAGGCGCGCCGAGAAGGCGGAGACAGGGCGAGGCCGAGACGGCUGUCGCCGCGCGGCGGAGGAAGAAGAGAGAGGACCAGAAAGAUGCGACGUCGCUUUUUCAGAAACAGCGACGAGGCGAGAAACAGAGGGAGGCGAACCUGCAGCCAGGACGCGUUUCGAGCAACCCCCGGAGGGUCUUGGGCCACCCGGAACUCCUGCUCCGGCCCACACCCAUUUCGAGCAUCUUUCGUUGCCUUCUUUUGAGCAAAGAGGAGACUCAAGAGGACACGCAGGCGUGGCCGGUUCCACUGCUGCUCGCGCCGGCACAGGCUCACAGGGGGAGUGUCUGGGAGAAGUGAACGCACAAGUCGAAACAGAAGAAAACGGGAAGACCCAGCAGGGAGGCAGAGCAGACAUGCGUGAGGGCGUGCAGAGUCUGAAUCGCGAGACACCGGGCACAAAGAAGGAAGGCGAAAUAGCUGCUCGCCAGGGCGGGGAAAGGUGCGAGUCAACUGAGACGACAGCGAGUGGAGACCAAGAGGGAGGGCAGUGCUUUUCGCCUGGGCAGAAGGGCGAAGCGCUAGAGGACGCCGAGCGAGAGAAAGACGAAAACGAUGGGGGAGAAAACGACGGCGCAGUGGCGCCUGCAGAAGGCGAGGAGGCAGACGACGUCGGGAGAAAAACGCCGUCUUCCUCGCCAGAAGAUGAAGACGGCGGCCUGCUCGACGAGGACAUGUUUGAUGAAGAAGCAGACAAGCGCCUCUCUCAAGAGCCACCUUCCGCCCCGUCGACCUUCCCUCUCUCUCCCUCGCCGCCGGGCGCUCCUCUCUCGCCCUCUUCCUCGCCUGCGCUGCCUUUUGUCCACCAGCGCCGCAACGGCGUUCAGCCUCAGGGGCCUCCUGCCCCGCCUUCUUCCUCGAGCUUUCCUUACUCUCUCUCUGCGUCUUCUCCACGGACGGCGGCGGCGAGCUUCAUGCACCCUUUGGCGCAGGUUCAGCCCGCAAGUCCAGAACCGACAAACCUUUCAGGAUGCCCGGGUUCAGCCGAAGAAAGGAGCAAGUGUGGAAGAGAACGAGAUGCAGGAGAAACCCUAGGGCGCGAGCAACUCCAGGAAGAUGUGGUUCGGCUGCUUCUGCGUCAAGCCCAGCAGAAUCGACAGACGAAAAGCACUGCGUUCGCGUCGUCUUCGCUCUCUCCAAAAGACGCGGCGAACUCUGCAACUGCCACUGAGAGGCAAACUGGAGAUACACUCCACGCCACCGAUUCUGCCGAACGGAAUCAGGUUUCUCUUCAACUUCCUUUGUCGUCUUCCAGUCUUGGCCCGAUCGAGCUGCCUGAAGCAGUUCACGGGUCGGCGAACGGAGACGCGACAGCCACGGUGGAGAUAUCCAAGAGAGACGCAGCGGAAGGGGAGGCCGGCAGAGAACGAGGGGACAGAGAGGCCGUGGACGAAGGACACAGCGUGGACGAAGCAGUUAACGAAAGGAGCUGCUGCAGAGUAGAGAGGGGAAAGCCGAAGUUGGAAAACACAGACGACGGCUGUUCGUUGCCAGACGGAUCAGGACUCGCAACUGCACGGCGGAAAGAGGAAGCACUUCCUUCGCCUGCUUCCUUCGUCCGAAACGGGGAUGACGACCCGUGUCACAGGGAGAGCGUCUCCAUGGCGAGAUGUUUUGGCAGCGAAGCGGAAGUUCGAUCUUUCCUAAACGAAGUUGGGACGUUGGCGAGGGCCAAGCAAGCAGGAAAGAAGGUGGCAACGGAGCGACAACGGAGAGAAACAACUGAGCGAACGGGUCCAACCUCUUUGGCUGCUUUUGCGCCAUCUGAAGCCGGUGCCCAGCGACCGGCCGACCCAGAGGGCGGCUUGCCACCUCCUGAUCAUCCGGCGAGCUGGAAAAAAACUCGUGAGGCGGAUAUACCGCCUGGAACUCCUCGCGGCUCUGUUUCUCACCCCGGGUGCGAAAACAAGACCGUGCCUCUUCUCACUUUGGAGCGUCAAGCGAUCCGCUUCUUGCUUCUCGAUCUGAAGAACAAAUGCUUGGCGAAUCUCGCACCUGUGCUGCUCCCAGCUGUGGUCCAGAGACACCUGACACACCUAGCGAACCACAUUCGUCGCGUGGAAGACGCAGUUAGCUGCGAAGGCUUAGAGUCCUUUCUCCUGCUUUUCGCCGACUGUAUAAAAACCAUGAGUCUCCCGAGUCAGCUAGGGAUGGCGGAGCAGGUUCACAUGAUCGGUCUAGUUGCCGCUCUCGGAGACGAACUGGAUGCGCAGGGACUGUAG